CAUCUGGACUGGACCACAGAGGCCAGCAGCAGUACGCGCGCGAUGUCGUCACACACGUCGGAAGAAGAAUCCCUCAGCAGCUUCCAGCAGCAGCAGGCCAAGCUAGAAGCCUGCCAUGCUGCUGGGUCGAGCAAGGCUGACGCAGCGGCAGCAGCCAUGCCUGUGGUGAAAAAGAGACGCGGCCACCCAGGAACUCUAGAUCCUGAUGUGGAAGUAGUGGCUUUGUCACCCAAGACACUCCUGGCAACAAACAGGUACAUAUGCGAGGUCUGUCACAAGGGCUUCCAGAGGGACCAGAACCUGCAGCUCCACAGGAGAGGCCACAACCUACCAUGGAAGCUGAAGCAGAGGAGCAGCACCGAAGCCAAGAAGAAGGUGUAUGUCUGCCCUGAGGCCACCUGCCCUCAUCACGACGCGAGCCGAGCCCUGGGCGACCUCACGGGCAUAAAGAAGCACUACUCCAGGAAACACGGGGAGAAGAAGUGGAAGUGCGACAGGUGCUCCAAGAAGUAUGCUGUCCAGUCGGACUGGAAGGCUCACACGAAGAUAUGUGGCACCAAGGAGUACCGAUGCGACUGUGGAACAAUAUUCUCAAGAAAGGACAGCUUCAUCACGCACCGAGCCUUCUGCGAUGCACUGGCUGAAGACACCUCCAGGGUGAACCACAGCCUAGCGACAAUGGUGGGAAGUCUGCAUGGGCACCAGCAGGACAUCUUCUCACACGGAGUACCUACCUUCCCGACUUCACCGCCCGACGUGAUGGCAAACCUGUCCAGCAUCAACGACCACAACUCAGACAGCCACCUCAGGUCUCUGUCCCCCUACGCUCUCAUCACAAGAAACACGGCACUGUUCUCCAACCAGAUAUCGCCCAAGGAUCCAGGCGGCUUUCCUCUCGACGGCAGCGCGUCGAGCUACCCUUACAUGUCCAUGACUUCCCCCUACAUGUCGGCCACUGCGCUGCUACAGAAAGCUGCAGAGAUGGGCGCAAAGACCAGCCAGGAUCCGAUAUCGCCGUUGCUCCUGAAAAGCUUCCCAAGCAACGUGACGACUCCCAGCCCUAGAGACCACCACAUGGACAUCUCUUCAGGAAGCCAGGGGGACUCCCUCGGGAACUCAGCGGCCAACAGUGUCGUCGUUGGCAUCAAGGCAGCCGAGGACGAGGGCUCCUACCUGAGCGGUCGCGGUAGCAUUCUGAUGAGCUCGCCAUGGGUGAACACUUACAGGCCUGCCACGGUGCCCUUGAUCGGACUGAUGAACCAUCCGUUUGGCAUGAGCAGGGCAGAAAAGGAGAGCUCCGCCGGCAUGUUUCCUGGAGGCCAGACGCAACACAGCAGGCAGGAAAACAUUUCGGGGCCGGUGGGAGAUGCUGGGCUGACCCAGGACUUCCUAGGGCUAGGAGGCAGUGGGAAUUUGGAGAUGGGUUCUGCUGACACCUACAAUGCGGACGUGAGCGUGACCGCACUGAGCUAUUCUGACGAGCAGCAGAAGCCGCAGGACCAUAUCUACCCUUACCAUCAGUCGUCUCUUGACUCCACUGCGCUGGAGAAACCCAUUUGGGAAUCCUGAUGCACGCACGCAUUUUACUUGACUCUGGUAGUUCAGCUUCAACUAAGCUGUCCUUGGACAUGGAACAGCAGUAGUCGUUAUUAAGCUGGUAUUAGCAUGCAUGUGCCAGGCAGUGAAAGCCUUGUUCUGUUAGGGCGGGCUCUAUAUAUAUGGGAGCACUUUUCUGUAGGGCAAGUACCAAUUAGAAGGGGCACCGUACCUCAGUGUCUUGUCUUCAUCAGAAUGACCACAAGGACAGCUUUAAGGAAUUUCUGUAGUUUCAUUCAAGAUAUAUUAAUAAAUACUUUGCGUUCUGU